GCGCGGGAAAGUUUGGGGGGCGGCGGCGCCGCGGCCGGGAGGCUGGCGGGCGGGCCGGAGCGGCGCGCCCGGGGGCCGGCCGGCUUUGUGUACGGCGCGGAGGCCGGUGGCGCGGAGGCCGAGGCCGAGGCCCGGAGCUCGCGGGCCGCGCGGCGAGGCCGGCCCGGGGGCGGGCAGGGCGGCGGGGGGCGGCGGCGGCCCCGCGAGGGGCGGCUCGGUUGCGGCGGCGGCGGCGGCGGCGGCCGGUGCGGGUCGGGGGUGGGGGCUCGGGCCGGGCGCCCCCCCCCGCGCGCCCCCAGCGCCCCCGCCCCCCCGGCCUGAGCGGGGCGGGCGGAGGAGGGAGCGGCGGCGGCGGCGGCAGCGGCGGCGGCGGCGGCGGCGGCAUUGUGCGCGCACCAGCAGCCCGGCCCGGGAGGAGCAGGACGCGCCGGGGCCGCCUCCUCCCGCACGGACCCAUGAACCAGCCGGGCGGCGCGGCGGCUCCGCAGGCUGACGGAGCCAGUGCAGCUGGAAGGAAAAGCACGGCGAGCAGGGAGCGCUUGAAGCGCAGCCAGAAGAGCACCAAGGUGGAGGGGCCCGAGCCCGCGCCGGCCGAGGCCUCCCUGAGUGCCGAGCAGGGAACGAUGACGGAGGUGAAGGUGAAGACAGAGCUACCUGAUGACUACAUCCAGGAGGUGAUCUGGCAGGGGGAGGCCAAGGAGGAGAAGAAGGUGGUCAGCAAGGACGGGCCAGGCGACGUGCCCGCCGAGAUCUGCGUGGUGAUCGGUGGCGUUCGUAACCAGCAGACCCUCGGAUCCUAUGAGUGUGGAAUCUGUGGCAAGAAGUACAAAUAUUAUAACUGUUUCCAGACCCACGUACGGGCACACCGAGACACUGAAGCCACCUCAGGGGAGGGAGCCUCCCAAGGCAACAAUUUCAGGUACACAUGUGACAUCUGUGGGAAGAAGUACAAAUACUACAGCUGCUUCCAAGAGCACCGGGACCUGCACGCGGUGGAUGUAUUUAGUGUGGAAGGGGCCCCUGAGAAUCGGACAGACCCCUUCGACCAAGGUGUCGUGGCCACUGACGAAGUGAAGGAGGAACCCCCGGAACCGUUCCAGAAAAUCGGGCCAAUGAACAAUAUUACAUCAGAAAUUUUUAAGAAGAAAGAAGUUAGGCAGUGCCCAAAGAGAGAAACUGGCAAUUACACCUGUGAAUUCUGCGGAAAGCAGUACAAGUACUACACGCCCUACCAGGAGCACGUGGCCUUACACGCCCCCAUCAGUACCGCCCCUGGGUGGGAGCCACCGGACGAUCCAGACACGGGCUCUGAGUGUUCACAUCCGGAGGUCUCCCCGUCUCCACGCUUCGUGGCAGCGAAGACCCAGACGAACCAGUCGGGGAAAAAAGCUCCGGCCUCCGUGGUCCGAUGCGCCACCCUCUUACACCGCACCCCUCCAGCCACCCAAACCCAGACGUUCCGCACUCCAAAUUCGGGAUCUCCGGCAAGCAAGGCAACUGCAGCAGAAAGCGCUUUCAGUCGGAGAGUAGAAGGCAAAGCACAAAACCACUUCGAAGAGACAAAUAGCAGUUCCCAAAACUCCAGCGAAACUGCAAGUCCCCUGAUUUCCAAUCCUUUCCCUCUCCUACAGAAGCCCUACACCUGUGGCGCCUGUGGGAUCCAGUUCCAGUUCUACAACAACCUGCUGGAGCACAUGCAGUCCCAUGCAGCAGACAACGAGAACAACAUCGCCUCCAACCAGUCCCGAUCGCCACCUGCUGUUGUGGAAGAGAAGUGGAAACCGCAGGCCCAGAGGAACAGCGCCAACAACACCAUGACCGGCGGUUUAACACCCAACAGCGUGAUCCCCGAGAAGGAGCGGCAGAAUAUCGCAGAGCGGCUGCUGAGGGUCAUGUGCGCUGACCUGGGCGCACUGAGCGUGGUGAGUGGGAAGGAGUUCUUGAAACUGGCCCAGACUCUGGUGGACAGUGGUGCCCGCUACGGGGCCUUCUCGGUCACGGAGAUCCUGGGCAACUUCAACACACUGGCGCUGAAGCACCUGCCCCGCAUGUACAACCAGGUGAAGGUGAAGGUGACGUGUGCCUUGGGCAGCAACGCCUGCCUGGGCAUCGGUGUCACCUGCCACUCGCAGAGCGUCGGCCCCGACUCCUGUUACAUCCUCACAGCCUACCAGGCCGAGGGCAACCACAUCAAGAGCUACGUGCUGGGCGUGAAGGGCGCGGACAUUCGCGACAGCGGCGACCUGGUGCACCACUGGGUGCAGAACGUGCUGUCGGAGUUCGUGAUGUCCGAGAUCAGGACAGUGUACGUGACCGACUGCCGGGUGAGCGCGUCCGCUUUCUCCAAGGCCGGCAUGUGCCUUCGCUGCUCAGCCUGUGCCUUGAACUCGGUGGUGCAGAGCGUGCUGAGCAAGCGGACGCUGCAGGCCCGCAGCAUGCACGAGGUCAUCGAGCUGCUCAACGUGUGCGAGGACCUGGCGGGCUCCACGGGCCUGGCCAAGGAGACCUUCGGGUCCCUCGAGGAGACCUCGCCGCCGCCCUGCUGGAACUCGGUCACGGACUCGCUGCUGCUGGUACACGAGCGCUACGAGCAGAUCUGCGAGUUCUACAGCCGCGCCAAGAAGAUGAACCUCAUCCAGAGCCUCAACAAGCACCUGCUCAGCAACCUGGCGGCCAUCCUGACGCCGGUGAAGCAGGCGGUCAUCGAGCUGAGCAACGAGAGCCAGCCCACCCUGCAGCUCGUGCUGCCCACCUACGUCAGGCUGGAGAAGCUGUUCACGGCCAAGGCCAAUGACGCGGGCACCGUCAGCAAGCUGUGUCACCUCUUCCUGGAGGCCCUCAAGGAGAACUUCAAAGUGCACCCGGCGCACAAGGUGGCCAUGAUCCUGGACCCGCAGCAGAAGCUGCGGCCCGUCCCGCCCUACCAGCACGAGGAGAUCAUCGGCAAGGUGUGCGAGCUCAUCAACGAGGUGAAGGAGUCCUGGGCCGAGGAGGCCGACUUCGAGCCCUCCGCCAAGAAGCCCCGCUCCACCGCGGGCGAGAACCCUGCAGCUCAGGAAGACGAUCGGCUUGGGAAAAAUGAAGUGUACGAUUACCUGCAGGAGCCCCUCUUCCAGGCCACCCCUGAUCUCUUCCAGUACUGGUCGUGCGUUACCCAAAAGCACACGAAACUCGCCAAGCUGGCCUUCUGGCUGCUCGCGGUCCCGGCCGUGGGGGCCAGGAGCGGGUGUGUAAAUAUGUGUGAGCAAGCGCUUCUAAUCAAAAGGAGGCGACUGCUCAGUCCGGAAGAUAUGAACAAACUCAUGUUUCUGAAAUCCAACAUGCUUUAAGACUUGACUUCGGAACAAAAAGAAAUAAGAAAGAAAAGAAAAGAAAAAGAGAAGAGAAACAUUAGGAAAACACACACACACACACACACACACACACACACACACAACACUGUCGCAAACAAAGAAAAGGAAUUUAAGUUCUAAACACUGUGGACCUCAUUAUAAAUGCCCCCUGGAAACUUAAGUGCUUUUUCAGUGUGUGUGUGCAUGUGUGUGCACACCCGCACACGUGUGGACGUGUCCCAGCACGUGCACCCUGGGUGUGGGGCGUGGGGGCCCCGUGCUCGUCUGCGCAGCCACGGCAGCUCUGUGCACGCAUGCACACACACACAGCCCUGGUGCAUGUGCACGUGCCUGCUCGCGGGCGCGUGUGCAUUAAACUGGGUGUGUCAGGAAAGCUGAGUGGGAAAGAGGGAAGACGCUUCACCUCCUUUUCUCAGUGAGGGGGCUUUAAAGACUCCGUUUUCAGGUGUGCAGAUUGGUAGAAAGCUGAUGUCGUAAAACGUUCAGGCAGCUGAGAUCUGAAGUGACUUGACGCUCUCUGUCCUUGACCCCGUGGUCCCCACCCAUCCCUCCCGACCCUCCCCUCCCCCCUCCACGCCCUCCUGACCCUCAUGCACCCACCCCUCCCCGGCUGCUCUGCCAUGGAUUCUCCAGACUGCAUCAGAUGGACAGUUUCUGCACUGGACUUUGUUCUCGUUCACCUUCAGGGCAUUGAGCUGUUGCCUUCGAGAUACCCUUGGGUGUCACAGGGCAGCCGCCUUAGAAACACAUCUAUCUAUCUCCCCAAAUCAGGAAAGGAGACUUUAAGAAUAUAAAGCUGACUUUUUGCUUUUUAAUAUAA